AUGCCAUCUCACCUCACUCGCAGCGUCUUCCGCAGACUGCUAGCCGACCAACCCAUCAUCCAUCGAGCAUGCCUUCGACGACGACGGUACUGCUCGCUUGCGCCGGCAUCAGCCCUACUUGGAGGACCUACGAGGCAGCAUGUCGUUGCAUCAAUACCUCAUCGCCAACGGCGACACUUUCUCAACUUCAACAUCUUUGGAAGCAAGCGAGAGGCCAAAGAACCAGAUAUGGAUCCGGGCAUUGACAAGAUGAUGGAGCUGGCGAAACGGCAACGUAUGGAUGCGCGAAUGCCGUCUGUUGAGGACGCGCUGGAAGCCGUAAGGUUGUUCCUGAAACACAAACGCAGAAAGGAUCAGCCUAUUACCGACAGCCAAGCUCGCCUAGUCCACCAGAGUCUCCAAUACUGCUUCGAGAGCAUCGACGCUCUACCAAUGGACGGCGAGCAUGUACAACGGGAUGCUGAGGAGCUACGAAGCCUUGCCCGCGAGGUGGCGAAGCACUUGAGUGUCACAACCACUAGGACCACUGCGUCGAACGAACACGUACAGUUCCUGUGGUUUCUCUAUUCGCGCGCUUCGAGUCAUGGCUUCAGGAGACUCAAAAGAGCUACCAUUUUGCCACUAGUACACAUGUUGAGCCUUACUGGGUCUUCCCAUGCCGCGCGAGACUUGGUCCUACAGCAUGAGCCGGCGUUUUCGCCGAGCGAUAAGACUCGACAGCCGGCUAUUGCACGUGAGGAGGAAGGCGACCAACCAGAUCUACCUGAAGACGAUCGUUCCACAAUGCUAAGACUCAAUCAGGUGACAACAAGUUGGGCUACCGUGCUCAAUGGUUUCGUGACCGAGAAGAAUGUAGCCGAGGUGCACUCGACCAUGGAGAUGAUUCAGCAACGAAAAUGCGAUAACCAUCGCAAUGUUCCCAGAGCGAUGCUACUGUUUGCCAUGCAGCAGAAAGAUCCGGAGGCGCUGAAGCAUUGGUGGAUGAAAUAUCGGUCAGCAACUGCGGACGUGAAUGAACGUAAAGUUCUGCAAGAUGCGGUCGCCAGCCAAUUCUAUGAGGUGUUAAUGUGGUGCUUGAAGGAGAAUCAGCUCCAGCUUGGGCACGAAGUGGUCAGGGGAGAGAUGGCCAAGAACCCGCUGAAGCCGUGCUGGGACGCUGUCUUCGUCUGGGCUGCAGGAACCAAGAAAAGUGUCGACGAAAUAGGUCGAAUGAUGACUGUCAUGGAGAAGUCUAACGAAGACAUCGCCGACCGCGAGGCAUGGCGUCAGCCGGACGUGGUGACGAUCAACGCUCUCGUCGACUUUGCUGUCUCGCAGAACGACCCUUAUAUGGCCGAGCGCUUCAUUGCGCUUGGGCGCGAGCGAAACAUCGAGCCCAACGCACGCACAUUUGCCCUCCAGAUGGACUACCGCUUGAGUGUGGGCGACGUCGAUGGGGCGUUGGUCGCUUACAAAGGGCUGGUGGAACACAGAAACGCACAGAUCGAGGAAGAGUCUUUCACGGAAGAUGUCGGCGCCAUCAACCGGCUCAUAGUCGCUCUCAGUGGCACACAACGCCAUGAUUUCGACACCAUUAUGAACGUCGCGAUGGAUUUGGCGGACCGCCGGGCGCCAUUUGAAGCUAAUACUGUGUCCACUCUCGCUCUGUUGCACCUCGCCCGGGAUGAGGAGGAUGAUGCGACGGACCUCCUGAAUACUCACUCUUAUCACUUCGCCUCCACCGAGCGCACGCAUGUUCGGGACGAGAUCGUCAAGUUCGCUCUCGAUCCGAAGACACCUACCAGACGGGCCUGGCAGAGCUACAACAUUAUUCGGGACAUCUUCGACGAGACUCCUCGAGACCAGCGAACCGAGCUGAUGACAUCGUUCUUCAAUCGUGAACGCGCAGACAUGGGCGUCCGUGUCUUCCAACACAUGCGCGCACACUCCCGCGCCGACACCAUCCCGACGGUCGACACCUAUGUCGCUAUCUUUAUGGGUCUGGCAAAGCUGCGCGAUAUCGACUCCGUGGAAAUUGUUCACAACCUCCUGAAACUCGACUUCAACAUCACCGUCACAACAUACCUCCGCAACGCACUCAUCAUUGCCUACACCGCCGGCGACAAAGGCCGCAAAGCGCUCGGCUUCUGGGACGACAUUGUCAAGAGCAAAGAGGGACCCAGCUACAACAGCAUCCACGUCGCUCUGCGCGCUUGCGAGAACUCGCCGUUUGGAGACCUGCGCGCGAAGGAGCUCUGGUCGCUCCUACGCCGACGGAACGUUGAGCUCGACCAGCCACUCUGGGCCUCGUACGUCGCUGCACUGGCUGGGAAUGGCGACAACGACACCGCGAUCAGCACUGUUGAGGAGGCGGAGGCGAACGGCCAGCUGGACGUGGAGGUAUUUCUGCUGGGGAGUUUGAUGGGUGGCGCGAAUGGGCAGAUGAAGCAGGAGGAGAUUGAGGCGUGGGCGAAGGAGAAGUAUUCGGCGCAGUGGGAAGAGCUGGAACGUCUGGGGUUCGAGACGGAUAUUGCGGGCACGAGGACUUUCAACAUUGAUCGGAGGGUGUCGCCUUGA